UGCUUCAUACGAAUGGAGAUAGCGUUCCUCACAUAUAUAUCCAUGAUCUUUCCCUUAAUUAGCCAACGUGAAACUCCAACAAUCCUCAACACAUUUUCUUUCCUUGAUUUUCGUAUUGUAGUCUGUAGAUAGUUGAAUCAUGAAUGUGUUGCAUAUUUUGUUGAUUUUAGGGAUAUACCGAGGAGAAACAAACUCCUAAGAUCUCUACUUGAUGGGAAUAUGUUGUCUUCUUAUCGUGUUAGCUUUAAAUCUCAGCUAGUUGGACUGAUUAACAAAGCUGAUGAAAAAUUGACUGCUUGAACUUUAGGCUUGAGCUUCUAAAAUUUGUUAAGAAGUUGUAACGUUGGUGAUAUUAAUCCCUUUAGUUCCAUUUAGUGCUUUGAUCCUUAAGAAGCAUUCCCUUUUUGUUACCCUUAUAUAAUUAUAUGCUGCGAUCUCUCUGUUUUCAGUUAUUGUAUGCCCAAUAAAAGUCGCGAUGUCCCCAAAUCCUGGCUUUGUGGUAAUUGUACAUUAGACGAGGCCAAAAGUCCUGAUGAUUCAGGAUCUCUGGUUCAACCUAAAAUGCUAAGACAUGCUAAAACUGGCAAAGUGAAGUUCUUACCUACUGAAGAAGUAAGGAAGCUAUCAUCGGGAGGGAUGAAGGGACCUUCAAAAUUGAACGCAGCUUUUGGACCCCAAAGAACAUUUAAGUCCAGAAAAUUCUUUGAAAGCUCUAUCCCCCGACCACAUUUCCAAGCAUCAAAAGAAUCUCAAGAACGAAGUUCUGCUACGGUGCCUCCAACGAUAUGUGGUAUGAAGAAACAAGCAUUACCUACUUGUUUACCUUCAAUGCCAGUAGAUCCAGUACAAACAUUAAAAAAGGCGAAGGUGAAGGUUACAGAUAUACCUGCUAAAGCUUCUUCCGUGUCAAGGCAUGGUUUACCUGUCACAAAAACAGGAAAAGAAGUUCCUUCACCUUCCACUAAGUUAGAGGAUAUGCAAAAACAAAGGAAGAAUGCUUCAUUGACCCAGGAAAUACAUGCAUACCGUGGCAACAAAGGAAAAGAAGUUCCUUCACCUCUCAUUAAGUUGGAGGAUACGCAAAAACAAAUCAAGUAUGCUUUGAUGACACAGGAAAUACAUGCUUACCGUGACUGUCUCCCAUCAUUACACGCCUCUUGGAAGGGAGGCUUCCAAUUUAUUGAUGCACGUAUGGGCGGUGAAUUUUAUGAUGGAUUCCUGGCAAAGCCUCCAUGUGUAGUACAUGGUAGAGCUUAUGAAUUGUCGAGGAAGAUUCCUCCCAUUCUUCAAGUGAAGCUUCUUAGUCGUUCUGAUAUUUGGGAUGAGCUGUUUCACGAUGAAUGUCCGGAUCUUGCUGACAUUGCUUUGUACUUCUUUCCCGCCGACAAUAUUGAAAGGUCCAGAAAGAACAGCUCUUACCUGUUUGAACUUAUGGAGAGAGAAGAUCUAUUGAUAAGAAGUCUUAUUGACGGUGCUGAGUUGGUCGUAUUUACUUAUAGACAGCUGGAUCUCCACUCACAGCCUCUUUCUGCAGAUCUUAAUAUGCUAAGUGCUAAAUGCCUCCUUUUCGGAGUCUUCCGUGCUAUAAAGAAACACCAGUCUCUUGUUCCUAUGUUAGAAUAUGGUUCUGCAGUUUCUUCUGUAGAAAGUGAGUCCAAAGUUCCCCUGCUGGAAUUCACGCCUAAAGGACAUGGAAAGCACGAUGAAGACAAUGCUGUUAAAAGGGUAAAUGACAUAACGGGUGGAAACACUACUGGAAAGUCUCCAACUGCAAAGGAUGUAGACUCUACCAUUCAGCGAUUACUAUUAGAAUUUGGGUCACAAAAAUCCAGGGAGUCCGAUGUCAAUGCAUUAACUACGACUGCUCAAAUAAAAGAUCAGGAACCUGCUCCAAUCGCAGCCACUGGCUCGUAUUCUCUUUCCCAGUCAAAAGUAAAGAUUGAACCUAUACCAGUUAUUAAAGAGGAAGAAAGUGACAGAAAAUGCUUGGAAACGGAGCAUUGCUCGAGAAUGGCGCCAACAUUUAGUAUUGAUGGCUCUCAAAACAGAACUGGCUUAACUGACCAAGAUGUUCCCAGGAGAGUUGCAGACAAGUAUCUCCAAAUCUUUAAUGCAGGGAUUAAAAAGGAGCGCCGUUAGUUCUGAGGUGAAUGAAGCAACUUGGAUGUUUAAGCCCUUCAAGGUUUGCUUUUCCAGUAUAUCGUAGAUAUCUACACUUGUUUGACUUAGCAUGUCAAUAUUACAGUUCAAGGCUAUAACAUAGUUUUUUUCUUCUUCUUUUUGGUAUAUAGAAACAGUUUGAAUUGAACUUACCCUGUGUUAGUUCUUCUGUUGAAGACCAACAACUGUGCCGUACUCAUAUUCACCGACCACUGAAAGUGGAGGUUCUUUGGCAAACUUCAUGUGUAGUGAAAACAACUUUGUGAAGGUUUUACUCCGAAUUUAACGUGUAGUUUAGCUUCUGUUUACAGUUCUAUCUUUGGUCGGAGGUUAUGAUUAUUAGUAGGUUGAUUCAGAAGUUUAACAACUUUGGUUUCUAAGUUUUUGAAGGGCGAUUUGGCACCUUGGUUUGCUUUGGGGUGAUUUUGAGUUCCAAAUCCUAAACUACGUUUGGGUCAAUGCAAGUAAUCAAUAUAUUGGACUCUCGAAACAUGGCCGCAUGAGUUAUUAAUGGAAGUCGCUUGCUGUUGCUUGCCCCCCAUUGCUGCAAUUUUCUUUUUUACUACCCUCCUCUAUUUUGUGCCUACCAUUUACUUGAUAUUAUUACUAUUUCACAGGUAAGAAAUUUAGAUUUUCCGUUUUUUUU